UGUAGGCAGAGGCUCUAACAAAGACACGAGACACUAUGGAAUAUUCGCGGUUCUUCAGAUCCAUUCCAUUUCUUCUGAUUGCACUUGACCAGACCUCUGGAUUCUGGUUAUUAAACGUUAUCUUCCCACCAACAGCCCAACCUCGUGUAAUAAGUAACAGCACUCCACCCCUUAUUAUUGUACCUGGAAAUUUGGGCAAUCGCCUGGAAGCCAAAAUAGACAAGCCCACACUGGUGCACUGGAUGUGUUACAAGAAGACCGAGGACUGGUUCACCCUCUGGAUCGACCUAAACAUGUUCAUGCCUAUUGGAAUUGACUGCUGGAUUGAUAACAUAAGAAUUGUGUACAAUAGGACAACUCACAAGACAUCUAAUGCACCAGGGGUGGAAGUCAGGGUGCCUGGAUUUGGACAGACGCACCCUAUUGAGUUUCUUGAUGUAAAUAAGCUGACAGGUUACUUUCAUACCAUGGUGCAACAUUUGGUCAGCAUUGGAUAUGUGCGAAAUGCCACCGUCCGUGGUGCUCCGUAUGAUUGGAGAAUCGCUCCAAAUGAGCAAGAGGAGUAUUUUUCACGUUUGAAAAACUUGGUGGAAGAGAUGCAUGCAGAGUACAAGCAACCAGUCUACCUUUUGGGCCACAGCAUGGGAAACAACUACAUCCUGUACUUCCUCAACCAGCAGACCCAGGACUGGAAAGACCACUACAUCAAGGGCUUCAUCUCUCUUGGAGCACCUUGGGGUGGCGCUGUAAAGCCCCUCAGAGUCAUGACAUCAGGUGAAAACGAUGGUAUACCCUUUGUUUCCAAUAUCAAGAUCCGCGAGGAACAACGGAUGACCACCACAAAUCCCUGGAUGAUCCCGUCUGAAGAGGCUUGGCCCAAAGAUCACACCUUCAUCUCCACCCCUUUCUAUAACUAUACCAACCAGGACUACCACCAGUUCUUCAAAGAUAUCAACUUUGAAGAUGGCUGGUACAUGUGGGAAGACACUAGAAACCUCACGGCCGGUCUUCCCACCCCUGGAGUCGAGGUCUACUGCUUCUAUGGGGUGGGACUCCCUACACCUGUGACGUACGUGUAUGAUGAGCAGUUUCCAAACAUCGAUCCCAUAGAUAUUAUUUACGAUGACGGUGAUGAUACCGUCGACAGUCGCAGCAUGAGUCUCUGUAAGAAGUGGAUAGGGAAACAGGAACAUCCUGUGCAUGUGACAGAGUUUAGAGGAAUGGCUCAUUUGGACAUGGUCUUUAAUCAUAAGGUGCUCACAGCUAUCCAGAGAAUUCUGGAGGGAAAGAUCCCAUUGGACAAGGACAUCAUUGCUGAACAGCCUUAACUCCACCUCUCAUCUUUACGUUUUGUGUUACAUUUUCUAGACUGCAGCAGAUUUAUACAGAACUAUGCAGACGCACACUGGUAUCAUGUAUAAAAGUAUGACUUAAACAACUAUCACAUACAGUGACCCCAAAAAGUAUAUAGACUUUUAAGUCACACUUUAAAUGUAUCAAUGUCAUUGCAUUGGAUAGAAAAAUAUCAAACCAAGUAGCAUUUCAGUUAAAGGAAGAUAGUGCUAUUACACUUAAAAGCAAAACUAUAAAAAACUAAAGUUUGUUAGAUUUUAAUGUCAAACAGUAAUUUUGCACAAUAAUUCAUACAUCCACUAAACUGACCUUGAUACCGUUUGAUUAAAAGUAAUUGCAAAAAUAGCUCAGAAAAGUGAAGUUCUGAUAAAAGGUCUAGCAUCAUUUGUUUACAUAUGGCACUUUUUUUUUUUUUUUAGCUAAUACAAGAAAAUGCAUUCAUUUUUUAAGUGCUUUUUUGGGGCCACCGUAUUUUGUUUUGGUGCAUAUGAAUCAUUGUUUACUUUGUUACAUUUAUAUAACUGUUUUUGUAUUAUACAGAAUUUAUCAAAUGUAUUUAAUCUGUGUAUUAAAAAUUAUAGAUACCACA